AUGAAAGAAGUGAGUGACAAAUCUAAAGUAGUUGAUGGGAAACGCAAACGUGUAAUGUCUGUGAAUGGAGUGAUGUCGGUAGUAACGAAGGAGCUGUUAAGAGAAUAGAAAACUCCAGUUCCCAAGGUUUAAAAGACAGUAGUUAAAAAACAAGAAAACCACAAGAAAGUCUCGGAAAAGCAGUAAUACUAGAAUGAUAAACGAGUUAAAAUAACACAAUCAGCAUUGAGAGAGCUAAUACAAAGUCACUUUAUUGUGGUUAGUGAUAAUGAAGAAGCACUGAUCCAAAGCAGCAAAUACUUUAAGAACUCACUGGUUGGAAAUAAUUAAAAGGCAAGUUCAUCAUCAGAUUCUCAAUCGGAUUCUUCAUCAUCAUCUAGGUAUAAAUGA